CAGGACCUUCAUCACAGAGUACAAUAUGCUUUCCAGUGGAUCCAAAAAACGUGCAUACUGGGCCCCCUACUGGAAGUGGUAGAGGGCCAGAAGCUCCAGGAAGCAAUGUUGAAGAGUGUAGUAGUAUGAACCAAGGUGGCAGUACUGGGCACCAGUACCAAUACCGACCAGCACAACACCAGAACCAUCCACCUCAUACAGGAGUCUCCCAGGAUUGUCCUGCUGCUCCAGUGUACCGUGCUGGUCCUCUAACCACCAUCAUGAGCUCAGUUAAUCAGCCUACCAUCCAAGUGUAUGGUGCUGUUGUUCCACAACCACCUGUGACUUUGAUGUCAUCCCAGAAUCCCCAUGCUACUACUCCUCAUCCCAGUGCCCCCCCACCAGUGCCUGCCCCAGUGCCUCCCGUUGUGCCUCUCUCUCAGCCUCAACCUGCCGCCACCACCACCAUUGUGGCAAUGGCACCUAUAACUGUAACUGUUCCCAUCAAUCCUGGGACUCACAGUAGUCCCCAGUCUGUAGGGUCUCCCACAUCACAGUCUGGCGGUGCUUCUGCACAAGCAGUUUCUGGGAGCACACACUCUUCUGUAGCACUACCACAGCUAACUACAGCAUUUGUGUCUGGAAUGUCUCAACCAGGUAUAGCCCCUACACAAGUAACAUCUGUUUUAUCUGAUAUGUCUCAGCCUAUGGUAACUCCAGCACAAGUUACAACACCAAUGGUUAGUGGCAUUCCUCAGCAUUCAGUGACUCUGACACAAGUUUCAUCAAGUAUCUCAACUGGAAUGAGUCAGGCACCCCUUGCAUCACCUCUUGCCACACCAUUUGUAUCUGGUAUGUCACAGCCAACAAUAGCUCCCACAAAAGUUACUGCAGCAGUCAUCUCUGGGAUACCUCAAACUGCAAUAGCUCCUUCUAGUGUUACAGUUUCUGCUGUUCCUACAUCAUCUCAACCUGGAGGAACUCAGACGUCUGUGGCAACUGCAAAACUCACUGAGAUGCCCCAGGUCACAGUCAUUCCUGCACAAGUCACAACAGGCAGUGUCAGUUGUGUGCCUCAGUCAGCUGUUGCACCUGGCCAAGUUUUAACAGCUGUUGUUACUGGUGUACCUAAAUCUGUAACAAGUGUAUCACAUGGUAUAACUGAGAUUCCUCAGAGAGGUCCCUCACCAGAUGUAGUAGAUAUAUCUGAUGAAAAACAGAAUGAUAAGGUUGAUACACAGUCUCCUUCAGCUAUAGUGCCUGGAUUGCAACAGUAUGCCAAAGAUGAUAAUGUUGAUAGAGGGUCAAAAGGUAUACCUUUAGAGUACAGUAAUGCUUCUAAUUUUGGAAUUUCUCAGGCAGCAAAGAUUGCUACAAGAGUAAGUACAGCUGUUGUUUCUGGGAUACCGAAGACUGUAGUAGAGAUCACAAAAACAGCUACUGCCAUUGUUUCUGGAGUACCAAAAUCAUCCAUGGGAUCUGCACAAGCACAAACAGCUGUUGUCUCUGGAGUUCCAAAGACUCAAGUGAUGCACACACAGGUGUCUUCUUGUAGUGUCACUGGUGUAUCUAAACCAUUAACACUAAAUGCACAGUCAAAUACAGCUGUAGUUUCUGGUGUACCACGUAUGUCUGUUGCUCCAACACAGCUGACUUCAACAGUUGUUCCUAGUGCUUCUCAUACAUUGAAGCAUCUCCCACAAGUCACCACCACUGCCAUUUCUGAGAAAUCCAGAUCUAUAGGCCUCCCUCUAAAGGAUACCCGGCCAGUGGAUCAUGAAAUGCUCCAACAUAACGUUUCUCCUUCCAAGAUAUCAUCAGAGGUUACUAGAAUAUCCAAUCACACAAAGAUACCAAACCUUGGAUCAGUAUGCACUUCGGAGGAAUCAGAGAAAACUGGUUGUGCAUCUACUCUUAAAACGGCCCCAGAGACAGAGGUACAAGUAAAUACCACUGAUGCAAUAAAUUCAGUACCUGAGCCAUAUGUAGCAUGUAAAGGAACAGCAAAUAAUCAGAAGCCAAGGCUACUGAAGGAGUCAGAACAACUUGUCCUGUUUCUCCAAUGA